AUGGUGGGGAAGGACUUCCGCACCAGAAAAAUUUUGGAAGAUUUGCUGCUGCAACAUGUCUGCCGAGCCAAGGAUGAUAUGGCCCCAUUUUCAGAUUUGGACUUGGCUCAGAAGCUUUACCAGUUCCUGCAGUCCAAGAGAUUCUUGAUUGUUUUGGAUGAUGUCUGCUCUGCCGAUGCUUGGGAGUGCCUCUGCAUUGCACUUUUGUCUCAAAAACCAACCGCCAGCAGAGUGCUGCUCACCACUCGGGAUGUCGGAGUUGCAGACAAGAUUGCUUCUUCAUCAGUCGACGACAAAGGAUUCAUUCACCGGAUGAGAUUUCUUAACCCACACGAAGGCUGGGAGCUUCUCCGCAAGAUGGCUUUCAGAGCUCACUCUUCUUCUAGUAAAGGCAUCAUUCCAGAAAAAAUCUUGCCUGUCCUGGGCAGACAACAUAUCUUCUUGCUGGGUUCCAAUUUGUCCAUGAGGUUUUCGUCGUUGCUGUUAAUUUGCAGAAGCAUCUAA